AUGGCCCACGCAACAGUCCGAAAACAAUACGUCGCCGUCGCCGCGGUCAAACCCUCGAACAAUAGAGAACCCACCGGCCAGCUAUCAACCAUCGACGUCGGAUUGACUAGGACAGUCAGAGACCCCAACGGAAUCGAAGAGGGUCCACAAGUUCAGCAUCUGUCCGAAUCGGAGAGGAUCUGCGAAGAACAUUUCAAAGCCAACGUCGCACGCAACGAAGAAGGAAGAUACAGCGUCGCAUUACCCUUCAGUGACAAGAUCGAUAAACUGGGAGAAUCGAAACGGCAAGCAAUGAAACGACUUGUUUCAUUAGAACGAAAGUUACAACAGAAUCAAUCAAUCAAACAACAAUAUCACGCGGUCAUUCAGGAAUAUUUGGAUCUUGGACACAUGUCCGAAGUCAUGGUUGAUAAUACCGAUCACCACGGAUAUUAUUUACCGCAUCACGGAGUUAUAAAAACCACAAGCCAGACAAUAAAGCUGAGGGUCGUAUUCGACGGCUCCGCUCAAAGUAGCACAGGUGUAUCAUUAAACAACGCCUUACAUACAGGACCGAAAAUUCAGGAGGAUUUACUAUAUAUUUUAUUAAGAUUUCGCAUUCACCGAUACGUUCUUACGGGUGAUAUUGAAAAAAUGUAUAGGCAAUUUCUUGUCCGCCCAAAAGACAGGAAAUAUCAAAGGGUUCUGUGGCGCGAUGCCAAUGGACAGGUAAAAACAUUCGAACUGAAUACCAUCACAUUCGGAUUAUCAUCGGCCCCAUACCUAGCCAUACGUUGCCUCAAUAAACUGGCCGAAGAUGAAGGACACCGUUAUCCCAGCGCAGCAAAAAUCAUUCAGCGUGAUUUUUACGUGAGCGACGCGUUGACAGGAGCCUCAACAAAGGAAGAAGCAUUAAGGCUAAGAGAGGAAUUAACCCUUCUCCUAAAAGGCGCCGGUCUAAAUAUUAGACAAUGGGCCUCGAAUGACAGAGAUUUAUUACACGGUCUGGCAGAAAAAGAACUCAAUCGCAAUCUUGAAAUUGGAGAAUCUUCAACCCUCAAAACACUCGGAAUAUUCUGGAAUUCUACAAACGACUCCAUUCACUACGCGUUACCACUAUUGAAUAACGUCACUUUCCAAUGGAAAGCCAUCGUCGAUUCAGCUGUAAAACUAGAGCUACAUGGCUUUUGCGAUGCGAGCGAAAAGGCUUACGGAGCCUGCGUGUAUCUCCGCUCCAUCGACGAACACGGCCGCAUCCGAAUUGAACUUUUGGUCGCAAAAUCAAGGGUAGCUCCUCUAAAAUCACACACAAUUCCUCGAUUGGAAUUGUGCGGAGCAUUGCUCCUCGUUUCGUUAGCUAAGACAGUCGAAAAUGCUCUACAUAUCCCGAUCAAUCACAGCUUCUACUGGACCGAUUCCACAAUCGUCCUCCAUUGGCUUAACACACCUCCGAACACCUUGAAAACUUUCGUCGCCAAUAGAGUGGCAGAAAUUCAGGGGAAAACUAGCAUUUCCAAUUGGCGCCACGUCAGAACAAAAGACAAUCCUGCUGACAUCAUCUCGCGAGGACAAACAGCAGAAGAGUUUCUUCAGCUAUCCAUCUGGCACCAUGGUCCACCUUGGCUUGCCAAAAAUCAAACACAUUGGCCAACGUGGGAAGCUCCGGUAGUAAAUGACAUACCCGAACAGAAGAUGACCAUCUGUUUGGCUACAAACGUCAUCGACGCCAGCAUCCUCGAAAGGUAUUCAUCGUGGGAGAAACUCGUGCGCGUUGUCGCCCGUUGUUUGCGGUGGAGACCGAAACAAUCUGCAAAAGGAGUUCUCACCACAUCAGAAUUACAACACGCGCGAAAUAGUUUAAUCCAAUUAUUACAGCAACUUCAUUUUUCCGACGAGCUUCAAUGCCUCAAUAAAGGAAGGCUUUCAGGUAUAAAGGGGAAACUUCAGAAAUUGAACCCGUUCAUCGAUAAGGAGGGGAUCCUGCGGCAUUCAUCAUUGAAGGCGAGCAUAGAAUACAAUUACAUGCAGGAACACAAGCAACACUCUACGCUGUCAGGAAGCGCUACUGGCCCAUCGAUGGGCGGAGCCAGGACUCUUCACAAGCAGUUCGCAAACAGCUUGCUCUGGGGAUCAAGAAUAAUAAACCCUAAAGGUAGAGAAUUACAAAAAGCAUUAACGACAAACGGAUAUCGAGUUCUCAGUACAGACUGGGAUAAUUUUAAAUUAUAUCUAGACGAUCAUAUAAAUUUAGCCAUACCAAUAAAAACAGAAACUGACACUGAACGUGCUGUACAAAAAUUAACCGAAACUAUUCAACAUACAGCAUAA